AUGGCUCUUCUUGGCUGCUGUUUGUUGUUUGCUUAUGAUACGGUUAAGAAGCAUUUGACGCCUAAACCUGGAGAACAGCCCAAACUGCCCAUACCUGCAUCUCCAAUUGCAGGUGCUAUUGCUGGAAUUAGCUCUACUUUAUGCACCUACCCACUUGAGUUGCUCAAAACUCGACUAACCGUCCAGAGGGGUGAUUACAAGAAUCUUCUAGAUGCUUUUCUGAAAAUUGUGCAAGAAGAGGGACCUGCAGAGCUGUACCGGGGCCUUACCCCCAGUAUAAUUGGAGUAAUCCCAUACGCUGCCACCAAUUAUUUUGCUUAUGAUUCAUUGAGGAAAGGUUACAAGAAGGUUUUCGAUCUGGAGGAAAUUGGAAAUGUUGCAACCCUCUUAAUCGGAGCAGCAUCAGGUGCAAUUUCAAGUAGUGCAACUUUUCCUCUGGAGGUUGCUCGGAAACAUAUGCAAGCCGGUGCUAUCAAUGGAAGACAGUACGAGAACAUGCUUCAUGCCCUUGUAAGUAUACUUGAGAUGGAAGGUGUUCCUGGUCUAUACAAGGGUUUGGGACCAAGCUGCAUGAAAUUGGUCCCUGCUGCUGGAAUUUCUUUCAUGUGCUAUGAGGCGUGCAAGAAGAUACUGGUUGAGGAAGAAGAGGAUCCAUAA